GUAAAGCGACAGUCAAACUCAUUGUCAUGUGAAAAAUACAGAGUAUAAUAGUUUAAUCGAUUGUUCUGUUUCGCGGAAAGGCAUGUACAGUUCAGAAAUAUGUAAACACAUGUUCAUCAAACAGCCUGUGGUUUAUCACACCUAUUAAGAAUAAAACAUAAGGGAUUUUAUGUGCUAACAGACAUUAAAGCAAGUUUACAUGACCAGCUUAUCUGAUCGCAACUCAUGGAGCUUUUCUUCUCCCUCGGACCAACCCCGUCGCCACAGCCUGACCCCACGGAGCUACGGGACAACCGCCAGGCAUGGCUCCCUGCCCUACGGCAUUUACGACGACGACUACAGAAAAACCCUCCCGCAGUCCGUCAUGGAACGCAAAAUGUCCUCUGCGCAACCACCGGACUAUCGCACCAAUCUUGUAGGCUCGUCCGUCAACGAAGCGGUGUAUCUGAUAGCAAUGCAGCCGGAAGUAUCGCCAAGGAAGUGGCUCGUGGCGCCGUACUGUUUCCUCUACAUGGCCGCCUACGUGGCAACGCAGGCUGCGUUCACGCAGUACUUAUAUAAACGCGUUCAGGGGGAACUUUUUCCAAACGUGAGCCAGAUAAACGAAACAUUCGGUUGCAAUGUCAACACCAGUGAUCCAAACUACAAAAUGCAGACGAAAGUGCAGCAAGAGGCAGCCAGUUGGAGCAUGUAUUACAAAUUGGCCAACGGAAUUCCGGCGUUGUUUGCAUGCAUCAUUUUGGGCUCGUCGUCGGACAAGUUUGGACGUAGAUUCCUUUUUGUUUUACCGUGUGUAGGUGCAAUUAUCAGGACGGGUGUUUGUGUGGUAGGGAUUUAUUUUAAGUUCGACCUUUUAUACUUUAUCAUCGGAUUUUUUAUCGAAGGGCUUCUCGGUUUUGUUCCAACCAUGCUACUCGUAUGCUUUGCGUACAUUGCCGAUAUAACGCCUCCAAGAGGCAAGAAACGGGCCCUAGGUAUAACCCUUGUAGAACUGUUUAACGGUAUCGGGGCAACAGUGUUCAGUUUCGUAACCGGAUAUUUUAUCCAAGACACAGGCUUCUUCUACCCCAUGCUGACUUCCGGAGUCCUGGUCGUGAUCGCCCUCUUCCUGGUAUUCUUUAUUCCUGAAAGUUUCCCUCCGGAUAAACGGAACUCCGAGGACAGCGUAUUCGACAAAAUGUCUACAUCCUUUUCGUUAUUUUUCUCAUCUGCGAAUGCUGGCCGCAGGUGGAUGUACAACAUCCUCAUGCUCGUUUUCGCUAUCACCAUGUUUGACAUUUUCGGUAGCGACAGCGUAGAGCCACUUUACCAGCUGGGCGUUCCAUUCUGUUGGAGCCCGGAGAAGCUCGGGUACUACAGCGCCGCUAAGAAUCUCCUCCAGAACGCGGUCGGAAUGGGUCUCAUCAAGUGUAUGCAGGCAGUCAUGACGGACGAGUCUAUUGCGAUGAUCGGCUGUGUGACGUUUGCCGCAAACUUCGUGGCUGAAGGCCUCGCAAAAACGGAUCUGGUCAUGUACAUAGGUGCAAUAAUAGGAGCUCCCGGACCCCUCACAGUCCCGAUAUGUCGAUCUCUGAUGUCCAAACUCACAUCAACGGAGCAGCAAGGGGCAGUAUUUUCGGCCAUUGCUGCCAUGGAGAAUGUCAUUUACAUGGGUGGCACAGUAGCCGGAAAUGAGAUCUACUCGGCCACCAUCAGCUACUACAGAGGCUUCGUGUUCUUCAUAUUCGCCGGAUGCAGUAUCAUCUGCUUGACAUGUUUGGGCAUUUACCGAUUUGGUUCCCGUCGAACGUUCCCUACACCUCUAGAUAUUCGAAGAUAAUACAACAACGUUUUUUGUCAAUAAGAAUAAACGAACAUUUAAAGUUGAACAGAUUCUUAUCAAAUUUGCUGCGCUGUGACACUCGACAAUCCAACAGACAGACGGACGAACUCUCUUGAAUGUAUUUUGCCAGAUUCUUAGUAUAUUCACGUAUCACCCUUUUUAAUUAACAGACCUUUCGUUCUUGCACCUGAACAUAUGCAUGAUCUCAGAAUUUCUUUGUCUGUUUCCGCAUAUUCUUUUUAUUGUUUUCAAUAGCAAUCAGAUAAAAAAUGAACACUAUAGAUCAUGUUUUAUUUCUAUAUUAACAGGUUUCUUUCUCUGCAAUGUCCAAACGUUCUUAUUAUGAACGUUUUCUCAGUUUCCCCGUGUUACUGUUUAUUCUUACAUUAGACAAUAUAUAAGUUAUAAAGCAAAUACAUUUUCAUGAAUAUAGACUUAUAAAUCUUGUCUGUUAUAUGUUAGCUGUACAAUAUUAAUUUUAAAUAGGCUCAAAUGUUUGUUAACGUUGUUAUAAAAAAUAUGUUAUUGCACAAUCAUUUACACUGUUUUACAUACAUCAAAUUGACAAUAUCAUGUUUUAUUAAAACAUGCAUUAAACACAUAUUUUAUUUUAGAUUAUUUCAAUGAAUUUCUUUAAUGAAGAUUUAUUUAAACUGCUCAAUGCUUACAUCAUGUUUAUUUUCUUAUUUUCUUUGAAAUACAGUUCGGAUUAGUUAAAUUAAUUAAGUUACAUUGUCAAAUAAAAGUAAUAUCUCAGUCUAAUUGGCACCUCAUGUACCUUGAUAACCCAAACUUUCAUCAGAAAAACCAAAAUGCAGUUAAAAUGAAAUCUGCAAUUAAAUGGUGGGUUGAUAUUUGUGGCAAUUCCUUCUCUUUGUUUAUAUUAACAUAAUUAUUUAACACGCCAAUAAGGUGAUAUCUAGCACUAGUUUGUGUUUAGUGACAUGCACUAGAUCCAUGUUUUGUAAGGAUAAAGCUAUAACAUAUGUUUUUGAAAUACACAAUUUACCAAC